UAUCUAAAUUGAUGAUACAGAUAUUCUUUCUCUCUCUCUCUCUCUCACACACACAAAUAUAGAUAUAGAAUACAUGCAUAUACAUACAUAUUCUCUCUCUCUCUCACACACACAUAAACACCGCGUUCUUCUCUCUCGACUCCCUGACGACGGCGUUUACUUCUCUUUCUCCCUCCGACGACCACCGCCAGAAGUCAACCAACACCUUUACUAAACCCUAAUUUUUCAACUUACAUGAAAUCAAGCUCAAAACCAUUACAGAUCUCUGUAUCUAUAUCCAUCUAUGCAUCGUCUAUCUCAAUUUCUCGUAAUCAAUGACGGCGAUUCACGGAGAAAAAAGAAGAAGAAUCAGAAUAAGAAGACGCCGAAGCUAGAACGUAUGAAUGCACGGAAAAACAUCGAUUACGAUUUUCAGGCGACGUCCACGUCAUCAUUUUCCGAUUACGAGUCAACAUCAGGUUAUAAUAAAUCACUUGAUAUACAGUUAUUUCCGACUAGCUUUCGUAUAGAUGGAAGUGAUAUAGAUCAACUUGAUGUUGUAUAUCGUAGCUUAGGUUUAACUAAUCCUGAAGAUUUUGGUAUUGAUGUUAAUUCAUGGGAAGCUAGUAAAAUUAGGUCUAGUUGUGAUGUUGUUUCUACCUCUGGAUUGAAUUUACAAAAUGUAAAGUUUGAUGAAAAUGAUGAAAUGAUAGAUAAAAUUGUUGGUAAGAGAGUUGGGAAUGGGAUUAAAGGUGUACGGCCGCCAGUGUUGGCGCCGCCGGAUUCGUCGAUUGCGAAAUUAAGUGGUGGUGCUGCUGGUGGUGGAUGUGAAUGGGAUAGUGUGAAAGCGUUUGGUACUGGUGAAGGUUGUUUUGAUGAUGAUGGAGGAGGAGAAGAGGAGGUUGAGGAGGUGAGGAAUAGGUUUGAGAGGACGACGCUUUCGGCCUCUUGUUCUUUUACGACCUCUAAUGAUGAUGAUUCGUCUAGUACUACUACGGAGCCUCCGUCGAGUAUGUCGCCGAAUGGGUUUGGGUUGAGUGUUUCGAACAAUGGAAGAUUUAGGCAUAUUAAGGUUACUCAAUGGCAGAGGGGUGAGCUUCUGGGCCGCGGAUCGUUUGGUUCGGUAUAUGAAGGAAUUUGCGAUGGUGGUUAUUUUAUUGCUGUUAAGGAAGUUUCUUUGCUUGAUCAAGGGGAACUUGGAAGGCAAAGCGUAAUCCAACUUGAACAGGAAAUUGCUCUUUUAAGUCAAUUUGAGCAUGAGAACAUAGUACGGUACCAUGGGACUGAUAAGGACGAGUCAAAGCUGUAUAUAUUUCUUGAGCUUGUAACAAAAGGUUCCCUUUUAAGUCUCUAUCAGAGAUAUCAUCUUCAAGACUGUCAAGUUUCCUCAUAUACACGGCAAAUCUUACAUGGUCUGAAGUAUCUACAUGAUCGUAGUGUGGUCCACAGGGAUGUAAAAUGUGCAAACAUAUUGGUUGAUGCUAAUGGAUCAGUGAAACUUGCAGAUUUUGGGUUGGCAAAGGCUGCUAAGUUCAAUGAUGUGAAAUCUUGCAAGGGAACUGCAUUCUGGAUGGCUCCUGAGGUUGUUAAUCAAAAAAAUCAGGGGUAUGGACUUGCAGCAGACAUAUGGAGCCUUGGUUGCACUGUAUUGGAGAUGUUGACGCGUCGGAUACCGUAUUCCCCAAUGGAAUGUAUGGCUGCGUUAUUUAGAAUUGGAAGCGGCAUUGCUCCACCUGUUCCGGAUUCCAUUUCUAAAGAAGCAAGGGAUUUCAUACGUCAGUGCUUUCAAGUUAAUCCAAGGGAUCGUCCAACUGCAACUCAACUCUUGGACCAUCCGUUUGUCAGAAGGCCACUUCCGUCUAUCUUGGACUAUUCGCCUGGACAAUCCUGGAAACAGCAACGUUAAUAUCAUAUAUUAGAGUCAAACAAGAAUGAGAUGCAAUAGCUGAAUCAGCCAGCAUCAGGUUGGGAUGACUACUUCAAUUCUGUCUCAUUGAAGUUGUUAUGGGAACAUAUUUCUUUAUUGGUGUCCCAUGCUGAAGAUUUUGUUUCUUCUAUAUCUGGGUUACGAGUGGCUUUGGCAUUGUUGUCUAGUUUGUAUAUCAAUUUUUUUAUUUAUUUUUGGAUGACAAAUAGUUUAUAUUAUUAGGUUUAGUUUGAAAUGUAAAGAGAACAACAGUAAGAUUAUGUUUGAUGAAGUGAUGAUUAAGAAUCAUUGAUUUUUUUUAAGUA